CCCGUCCUUUUUGGCUGCUGCUUUAGCCAGAGCCACAUCAGAUGAAGUCCUUCAGAGUGAUCUUUCUGCACAUUAUAUACCAAAGGAAACGGACGGCACAGAAGGGACUGUGGAGAUCGAGACGGUGAAAUUGGCCCGUUCUGUCUUCAGCAAACUACACGAGAUUUGCUGCAGCUGGGUGAAAGACUUCCCUCUCCGCAGAAGACCCCAGCUCUAUUAUGAGACAUCAAUUCACGCCAUCAAAAACAUGCGCAGGAAAAUGGAGGACAAACAUGUCUGCAUUCCUGACUUUAAUAUGCUCUUCAACCUAGAGGACCAAGAAGAACAAGCUUACUUUGCAGUGUUUGAUGGCCAUGGUGGAGUGGAUGCUGCUAUCUAUGCCUCCAUUCACCUCCAUGUUAAUUUGGUCCGUCAAGAAAUGUUCCCCCAUGAUCCUGCUGAGGCCUUGUGCCGGGCCUUCCGGGUCACUGAUGAGCGGUUUGUGCAGAAAGCAGCCAGGGAGAGCUUAAGAUGUGGGACCACAGGAGUGGUGACUUUUAUCAGAGGCAACAUGCUGCACGUGGCCUGGGUGGGUGAUUCUCAGGUUAUGCUUGUGAGAAAGGGCCAAGCUGUUGAACUAAUGAAGCCACACAAACCAGACAGAGAGGAUGAAAAGCAGCGAAUUGAGGCCCUUGGAGGUUGCGUAGUCUGGUUUGGUGCCUGGAGGGUGAAUGGAAGUCUGUCGGUCUCCAGAGCUAUUGGAGAUGCUGAACAUAAGCCAUAUAUCUGUGGAGACGCAGACUCUGCCUCUACUGUCUUGGAUGGGACUGAAGACUACCUCAUUCUGGCCUGUGAUGGCUUCUAUGACACUGUGAACCCAGAUGAGGCGGUGAAAGUUGUGUCUGACCACUUGAAGGAGAAUAACGGAGACAGCAGCAUGGUUGCCCAUAAAUUAGUGGCAUCAGCUCGUGAUGCUGGGUCCAGUGAUAACAUCACUGUUAUUGUGGUAUUCCUGAGGGACAUGAACAAGGCUGUAAAUGUUAGUGAGGAAUCAGAUUGGACAGAGAACUCUUUUCAAGGAGGGCAAGAAGAUGGUGGGGAUGAUAAGGAGAAUCAUGGAGAGUGCAAACGCCCUUGGCCUCAGCACCAGUGCUCAGCACCAGCCGAUCUAGGCUAUGAUGGGCGUGUGGAUUCAUUUACUGAUAGAACUAGCCUGAGCCCAGGGUCCCCAAUCAACGUGCUGGAAGACCCAGGUUACUUAGAUCUCACCCAGAUAGAAGCAAAUAAACCUCACAGUGCCCAGUUUUUACCACCAGUUGAGAUGUUUGGUCCUGGUGCACCAAAGAAAGCAAAUUUUAUUAAUGAGUUAAUGAUGGAGAAAAUAUCAGUUCAAUCAUCAUUGCCUGAAUGGAGUGGUUCUGGAGAGCUUCCCGCUUCUUUUAAUUUAGGUUCAACAGGGCAGCAUAUACACAAAAUGGAGAGCCCGUCUCCUGUCUGUUCUAGGUCGGAAAACGAACAGUUCAAAUCCCUGGGAAAGACAGUUUCUAGACUGUCUCAUUUACGCCACCAUUACUCAAAGAGGCGGCACGGAUUCAGGCUUAAUGCAAAGUUUUAUUCAUUUCUCUCUGCUCAGGAGCUUUCCCACAAAACAGGCACUAGCCUGUCCUCACUUAUUCGAAGUGGGAAGAGAAGUAGGAUGUUAAGAAGUUCUUUGCCAUGGAAGCAAAACAGUUGGAAAGGAUACAGUGAGAGCAUGGUGAAGCUCAGAGAGAGCGAUGGUACUCCAUAUUCAGAUCUUCCCUGGAGCUAUAAAAUGUAAUACUCUUUCUUUAAAGUAGGCUAGCUAGGUCUCCCCAGUAAAAACACACCAUCAGAGUAGAAACAAGGCAGACAUUUCUGAAACAUGUGCUUCAUUAUGAAUCCAUGGGUGGCUCAAUUCUUACAUGUAAAUAGAUCUGUAGGAAACUCAAAGUACAGUGUUUUCGAUCUUAAAAAAAAGUAUUGGCUAGUUCACAACCAAAAUUAUCCAACAGAUCCCUGUGAUGUGUCUCCACAGCUACAUACAACCCUUCCCCCUCCAACACACGCCCUUCACGUCACUAGUGGAAGCCUGCGAGUUAGCUUAUUUCAGUCAGGAGAGAGUGUUGAAAUGUCAACACAGUUGAAAUCUUGUCUGAUGUGCCUAAUAUAACUAUGGAGAACUUAAUGCAGAAUUAAUUUAGUCAGGAAAUGUUCCCCCAAAGCCUGGGGACAGGAAAGGAACUCCCCGCCCUUUUUGGGUAGGUAAAAGACUAAAAGCCAUAUAGGUUUUAACUGGUAACAGUGAAAGCAGAAAGUGAGUGAAAAAUGUCAUCAUCUCAGACUUGUGGGGUGGUAUAUACUCACAAAGUUUUAAUGUUUUUUUUCUACAACAUAGAAGAUGAAUUAUGAAAAAAUUUUUUGAAUUAAAAGAAUAUUUCCUAGGGCUGUAGUUAUUUGGAAGGUUCAUAACCUGUUUUGGUGCUCUGGGCAGAAUUUUUAUUAUUUGUCACUUCAGGAGACUGCUGUCAACUGGUGUGAGUCUAUGACGCUAAUGUGUUUUUCACUGUACCUUCAUCUCAGGAGAAAAGAAAGUGGCUUACUGGAGAUGAUGUCAGGUACAAAUAUACCAGAAUCAAACUGCCACUUAAAAAGAAAAUCAAAUAGCAUUUCUAUUGUUUCUGUUUCUCUUCCCCCCUUUUUUUUUGUUCAGACAGCAAAAUGAAUAAAAAGUGAUUUUAGAGAAUGAAAAAUACUAGUUUUGAGUUCUCUAAAAUUGUUUCUCCCAAAGGAGUGACGUAAUAGGUAUGAGAGAGGCUGAAAGUACUGAGACCCAGGUUCUGUUGAGUUGCAAAUGGAGAACAUGCUGCAGUUUUGCUACCUGCAACUUCAGACUGCAGAGCGGACAUGUCUUUUUCAUUUCAAUAUUUAUUUGUAUUUUAGAACUGUCUCUUUUUACUAUUCCUGCAGUUUCAAACCCAAAGCUUAUCUUCAACUAAAGACAGCAAAUAAACUAAUCAUCAGGUUCAUUCAGUGAAGCACCUUUGGUUCUCUGAGAGUAAGGAAUGUUUCCACGUGACCUGUUAACUCCCCCCAAUCAAGCACGGAUGAGCCACACCAAUGGAAAGAGGCCGUCCUACUGUAAUGAUGAAAAUCAUUCAUACUUUGAUGCACUAACUGCUCUUGCUGAAAAACGCCCACUGCCUAAUCAUGUUUUUACAUCAUAUUGUUGUUGGGUGCCACUGAGUCAGUUCUGACUCCUAGCAACCCUAGAACUGCCCCCGUAGGGUUUCCAGGGCAUAUCAUGUUACAUAUUACAUCAUAUUAUAUCCCCUAAACCAAUAAUGGAGGACCAAAAUGCCUGGAUUUUAAAAGUGUAGAUGAUGACAGCAUAUUAUGAGUGCCAGUAUAUGUAUAUUAAGUAAAUACAUAAAAACAGCUUCAUAUUAGCAAUGAUCAGAUUGUUAAUCUACAGAUUUUAUUUUUUAGAAUUUGGAUGUAAGUAGAGAUUUCC